UACAUACAUCAAAUACAUAUUUUAUGAUUUAUUUCUCUUUCUUCUCUCUCACAACUGCCUUCUUCGACUUUCCUCUCAAAAAACCAGAAAGUUCUUCCUUUUCUAGAGAUCUGCUUCAUUCUUCGACCAGAGACAACUCCAUCGCACCACCACUCAAAGUCUCGUCGACAAGAGGACCACCGCACCCUUGCACCACCGCACUCUAACUCUCGUUGGCAACAACCAAAAACCCCCAUUUCUCUCGCCGAUUUGGUUCUUCGAACUCUCAGAUUGAGAAGGUGAAAAUAUUGUAUAAAGAGAAUGAGAAGGCGAAGUACACCAUGGAACAUUAUUGGUGUCUAUUAAGACACCAACCAAAAUGGCAGCAACAUAUGUCGACGAUGAACAUGAGGAGGAAACCACCUAUGAGACGUCCAACAAGUAAUGACUCAACUCCGCUAGCAAAUGAUACUCCCGAUGACAACAUCGAGAUCAUUGAUGAGAGACAGUUAAGCAAGAAGAGUGAGAAAGAGAGGGAGAGAAAGAGGAAGUCUAGAGAAGGUGAAGAUGCUGAGUUUAAUGAAGUUUUAAGUCGCAUGACCGAUGAUAGAACCGUGUGCAUGAUGGAGAGGAGAGAAGCGAUCAUGAAGGCCGAGAGUGCUCGGAUGUCCUUAAUUGCACUUAAGAAAAAGAUGAUUGAUAUAAAGAUAAUGGAAUUAGAUCUUUCUGGCAUAGAUGAAAUGCAUCAAGACUAUUUUCGAACUCUUCGGAAGGAAGUUUACAAGGAAAUGAAGAAUAGAUGUAGAUGUCUACAUCCCAUCCACACGUUUUGGAGGAAAGUAACUCAUGUAGUUUCACAUUACUCUUUCUAUUUUGUUGUAAAUGCACAGUAAUGUAGUAAACUCUUUUGUAUUGAUUUUAGUAGCUGCCUAGUCACAUAUACUGAAAAUACAUGUGACUGGGCAGCCACAAUGUAACUGGGCAGCAGUUAUGUAGUAGACUCUUUUAUGCUAAUUUUGUGAAUGUAUUUUGUGAAAAUGCAAAGUCCUUUAGUGUAUUUUGUGGAUGUAAGAUGUGGAUAUAUUUUGUGGAAAUACAACGAUGUAUUUUUGUGGAAA